AUGAAGUCGUGUUUGCUGAUAUUUAUCAUUGCCACCGUGGCAAUUGGAUUGGUUAAUGCUGAAGAUUGCAAAGGAUGUGUUCCUUUGGACUCAGCAACAUUUGAUAAAGUAAUCAGCAAAUUCAAGGCUGCGAUAGUUAAAUUCGACGUGGCAUUUCCAUUUGGAAAUAUGCACGAUGAAUAUGGAACUGUCGCUGAAACUACCAAGGAUGUUCAAGAUCUGUUAGUGGCUAUCGUUGGAGUAAAAGAUUUUGGGAAUAGAGACAACGGAGAUUUGGCAAAAAGGUUCAAUAUUGAUAAGAAAGAUUUUCCAGUGGUGCUGUUGUUCCAGGAAGGACAAAUUAAACCCGUGAGGUUGUUGACCAAGGCAGACGAAAAUGACUUUACGUCUACAAAUAUUAAAAAAAUGGUCAGAGCUAAGACUGGAAUUUAUUUGGGCCUACCUGGGUGUGUUGAGCAACUGGACAAGCUCGCUGAAGAGUUUAAGACAGCUGAUGAAGCUAAAAGAAAAGAAAUUUUGAGCCAGGCUAAAAAUUUGGAGAAAACUCUUCCAGAAGAGCAAAAACUCGCCGCUAAAAUCUAUAUGAAGAUGAUGGAUAAGAUAAUGGAGAAAGGCGACGGAUUUGUAAAGUCUGAGCACACGAGAAUAAACGGGUUGCUUAAGAAGAAACUGUCUGAUGAUAAAAAACGGACAAUGGAAGAGAAGAAAAAUAUUCUUCAGUCUUUUGCGCCUAGAGAUGAAUUAUAA